UUACACUUCUAAAUUCACUCAUUAUAUCAAUAUGUAACGUGAUAUUAUUUUUUGUCAACAUUUUGCAAUCCUGGAUGUGUGGUUCUUUGCCAUUUACUAUUUAUUAAUAACAGUGAAUAUUAUCCAUAACAUUACAGAUUCAUUUUAUAUCCUCUCCAUAGCUGAUGUCUUUUUAUGUAUUUCCUUUGAACCAAAUGUUUUGGUCAUUUUAAAUAAUGUUGGAUUAAUUAAAAAAAAUAAAAUUCAUCAAUAUCAUGGAGAAAAUUAGAUUUUGCCAAUUAGACAAUUUUAGUCCAUAAAUAUCUUAGGACAUUUAAUAUUCAAAGAAGUAAGAUUGUUCCAAAAUAAUUGAGGCUUUUCCACAGGAGAAAAAUAUAUGCAGGUUUUUCAUGCUUCGAUGCUUUAAAAACAUUUAAUGCUUUAAAUAUGUGGCUUAAUGGAACAAAUACUUCAUGUCUCUUGCAUUCAAAUACCCCAUCAGAAUAAAAGUGUGCUUGAAGCAUCAAAUAUAGUUACUUUCUUGAGUUGACAGUAAUCCUAACCAUAAAUAGUAAAUAUGUCUGUAAUCUCAAAUUAAAAAAAAAAAUCAUUAUUAAUAUCUUACUAUUUGUUAUAGCUCUUUUUCUUAUUUUAAUUUGCAAAUGGAUACUAGGAUUUUCAAUGAGCAAAAUAAGCUCUGAAGUAAUAAAGCUGACCAGUUAGAUUAUAUCAAUUAGUGUUAGUAUCGAGCCUAUUUUUAGACCGCGGAUUUAAAGUUGGUUUGAUAUCCAUCUCUCCAAAACAUUUGCUGUCGGCAAUGGUGUUAGUAACAAGCUUAAAUCUGGCUUCUUUGUAAACUGAUAGUCGACCACUUUAAAGUUGCAGAACACAGUCCAAAAAUACAGUAUAGAGACUAAACUAUCAAAAUUGAUUGAAAUCAUGUCUAUUAUGCUUGGGUAUGUAAGAAAAUACUCCAGAUGCAACAGUUAUGCAGUUAGUUUGUCACUAUUAAGAAUUAGUUUCAGGGCUAAAAAUAUAAUUGAAGAAACAGUUUGACCCCAGGCUUGAUGACCAUUACAAAACAUGCCAACUGUUGAAACCUUCGCAAUGUAUUAAUUAAUGUUUCUACUAGAAUGCUCUAGAGAUAACAAACAAGAAAGAUCUGUGCAAUCUUUAUUUCAGAAAACUUAAAGGUAUAAGGCGUGUGGCGCAGUAAAGUUCAGCUGCUGUUGUGCAGAAGUGUUGGAUCAUCGGAAGUGGUCUAUUACCGUGGAACUGGUUGUGCCAUCCUGCUCCUUUAGCCGCUGCAAACAUGGAUAAAUCCACACAAGAGCUCUUCUUGAACUUUAUGGUGGUUUUGAUGACCGUGCUACUUAUGUGGAUGCUUGUUAAGUCCUAUCAGGAGUGAGGCACUGUCUUCAAUGUAAAACCAGCUUUUACAAUAAAUUGUGGGAGUUUGUCAUGGCUCUGUUCCUCUUUUACCAUCCAGUGGCUGCCGUCAGAUCAUUUAACCUGGGCAAUCACUUGCUUAAAUUCUGGUUUAUUUUCUACAUUUCAUCUUUUGCCUGAUGCUCUAUUUUCACCCCCUGAAAUGUAUCUGAAAGGGCAUGUGUCACCCCUUCAUGAUUUAGGAGCACAAUUGUGAAGUAUGAAAUUCCCAGUCAUGAACAAAGUCCCUCCACAGUAUCAGCGUUGUAGCUCUAUGCACAACUACAAUGGUUGUGUGUCAUGGGUGACAAUUGAAUAUAUUCUCACCAUUUGUGAAUCUGCAUAAGAUGACACAGCAGUGACAAUACUACCACCAAGGGUGUCAUCUUAUUCAAACAGAAGCUUUGUAUAUCUUAAGCAUUUUCUUUGAUAACCUCACACCUGCACGUCUCAAUCUUGGUGUAGCUGGUACUUGGUGUAGCUUUAAUGGUUUUUCACUGGGGUCUCAAUAUUCUAUGGGAUGACACAUGCCCUUUAGUUCCCACAGCUACCUCUUCUGCUAUUUGUAAUAUAAUGUGCUAGCUUAUGUGUUUUUUGUUUAUCUAAUUGUAUUUCAAAGAAAAUGUUGACGGUCAAUGCAAAUAUACUCCCACAUAGAGUGGCACUGCUAAAUUCCAAAUUGUUAUUAGUUAAUUUCUGUACCAUGCACAGUCUGUUUUCUACGUUUUGUUAUUUCUAUUCCUUUUAAUGCCUUACCUUGAAAUGAAUUUUCUUUGCUUCAUCUUCACUUUAGAAAUGUCCUGUAAUAUUGCUCUGGCUUUAUCAAUCAAGUGUCACAGAUUGAAGCUUUCUUUAAUUGUGUUGCUCAAUAAUUAUACUCAAGUGAUUUUUCAGAAGGCAAAAGAUUAAUAUAUCAUCCCUUCAUGUAUCACUUUGUUGUAAUUAAAUAUACAUCCAAUCUUU